CACUAAUAAAUGUAUAAAAGGAUACUUGGAUAAUCAAGGCUUGUCCAUAAACAGAGUAGCACUUUUCUGCCGGUAGUAGUUGUUUCGUAUCAUUUCUCAUCUGUCAAAUCUUACCACGGUGAAACGAUUACAAUUGACUAUGACGACUGGAGAGAAAGAAACACUAGUGAUCUUCGACACCACUUUACGCGAUGGUGAACAGUCGCCGGGUGUAACCCUGACCAGUGAUGACAAGGUCCAGAUAGCCAAGCAGCUGUCGCGUUUGGGAGUGACGGUGUGUGAGGCUGGCUUCCCCAUCGCAUCCGAUGGCGACUUUGCAGGCGUUGAGCGCAUCGCUAAAGAGGUAGGUCAUCUGACGACUGGGCGCAAGAGCGGCAAGCCAAUGGUCAUCUGUGGGCUUGCACGGGCCAUUAAGAAGGACAUAGACCGCUGCUACGAAGCAAUACAGCACGCACCGCUACACCGCAUACACACCUUCCUGGCCACCUCAGACAUCCAUCUGGAGCACAAGCUACGCAUCACACGCGAACAGUGUGUGGCCAAGGUGCAUGAGAUGGUGACCUAUGCCAAGUCAAAGUGCACAGACAUCGAAUUCAGUACAGAGGAUGCUGGGCGUAGUGAUAAGGACUUUCUGGUGAAGGUUAUCGGGGUGGCCAUAGCCGCAGGUGCCACAACCAUCAACAUCCCUGAUACAGUAGGCUACACCACACCAGAGGAAUACGGCGCACUGGUGAAGUACAUAGUCACCAACACACCCAAUGCUGACAAGGCAGUCUUCUCCACACACUGCCACAAUGAUCUAGGACUAGCCACAGCCAACACACUGUCGGGUGUGGUGAAUGGGGCCAGGCAGGUGGAGGUGACCAUCAACGGUAUUGGCGAGCGUGCAGGCAACACGGCACUAGAGGAGGUUGUGAUGGCUAUCACAUGCCGCAAGGGCAGCUUCCCUGUGAUCACAGACAUCGACACACCACAGAUCAUGCGCACAAGUGAGAUGGUCAUGCACCUCAGCGGCAUGCGCGUACAGAGCAACAAGGCCAUUGUGGGCGCAAACGCAUUUGCGCACGAAUCAGGCAUUCACCAGGAUGGUAUGCUCAAGAACGCAGGCACGUACGAAAUCAUCAGCCCAGCGCUAGUGGGAGUGCAGACUUCGCUUGUCAUGGGCAAGCACUCGGGCCGUGCCGCCUUCAAGUCACGUCUAGGCGAACUAGGCUAUGAAGAGUUGGCUGCCGAUGUCAUACAGGCUGCAUUCGAGAGAUUUAAAACGCUUGCUGACACGGGCAAGAGCAUCACCGACAGUGAUCUGCACGCCAUCAUGAACGACCAACUGCACCAGCCACCCAUCACCUUCGCACUGCAGCACGUGCAGGUGUUUACAGGCACCACCAUCCAACCCACCGCCACAGCCACACUCACAGGCCCGGAUGGCGCCAACAUUGUCAGAUGUUCCGUGGGCACAGGACCCGUCAACGCCAUCUUCAGGGCUGUCUGCGAUGCUACGGAGUCGGACGUCCAGCUGCUUGACUACAACAUCCAGGCCAUCACCGAAGGCACCGACGCCCUGGGCCGUGUGAGUGUAGCCAUUAAAGGAAAAGAGGAGUCGGAUCGCCCGUACCACGGCUCAGGCGCACACCACGACAUCCUCGUGGCCAGUGCUGAGGCGUAUGUGAGUGCCAUCAACGCUAUGCUGCACGCCAAGAGUGGCCCGCCCAUGAAGCGCACGGUGUCCAUGGCCUUUGGCGCGGGAGUAUAAAUAAACCAAGUGUAAAAUUAUUGCUAUA